UGUUAUUGGACACUCGCCUGCUUCUCAACCCGAGAAGAAGAGCACUUCCGGUUUCCUCUCGGCUCCCGCCCCGCUCCGCCAUCAUGAAGUCCUGAACAAAAAAAACGGAUGAGAGCCGAGCAAAAAUGGGGAUAAAACGGAGCGGAGAGGCAGCUCACCGACAGCGUUAGCUAAAAUGUCACUGCGAAUCGGAGUAGGGAGCGGAGUGGCGGGUUUUAAUGAGCCGGUCUCCCCCUGAACGACGUCCUCUAUCAGCUCCGGCCGUUGACGUUAUUCGGUUAGCCGCUGUGCUAACAGCAGCCCCGGAGCCUUGGCCCUGAUUUUCCUCCCCAUUUUCUCCGGCAGGGCAGCUGCGCUCGUGGGUUAGCUGGCAGGAGGCAGUCAGCUGGCUCCACUCAUGUCAAGUAGCAGAAAGCUGCUGGGAGCACCGGGAUGGCCCGGGGUUUAGCUACAACCGCGACGGGCAGACGGAAUGUGGGCUGUUCGUGUUGAAUAGACACCAGAGCCGAGGAGGAGAAGGGAGGACAGGGGAGGGAGAAACCAAGAUUUUCCUGCCAGGCCAGUCAGCUAGCUCCAGGGCUAGCUACAGUGGAUCCCAACAGCCACGGCGCUGGCCAUGCCGUCGAGUGUGCGGGCCGGGAGCCUGAAGGACCCGGAGGUGGCGGAGCUGUUCUGCAGGGAGGACCCCGAGAAGCUCUUCACCGACCUCAGGGAGAUCGGCCAUGGGAGCUUUGGCGCCGUCUACUUUGCCCACGACAUCCGCACCAAUGAGGUGGUGGCGAUCAAGAAGAUGUCCUACAGCGGCAAACAGUCCAAUGAGAAAUGGCAGGACAUCAUCAAGGAAGUGAAGUUCCUCCAGAAGCUGCGCCACCCGAACACGGUGGAGUACCGAGGCUGCUACCUGAGAGAGCACACCGCCUGGCUGGUGAUGGAGUACUGUUUGGGUUCCGCCUCCGACCUGUUAGAAGUCCACAAGAAACCCCUCCAAGAGGUGGAAAUAGCUGCCAUUACCCACGGUGCUUUGCAGGGACUGGUCUACCUUCACUCUCACAACAUGAUUCACAGGGAUGUGAAAGCAGGAAACAUCUUGCUGACAGAACCGGGUCAGGUCAAACUGGGAGACUUCGGCUCUGCUUCUAUUGUUGCUCCGGCCAACUCCUUCGUGGGAACACCUUACUGGAUGGCCCCUGAGGUGAUCCUCGCCAUGGACGAGGGACAGUAUGACGGGAAGGUGGAUGUGUGGUCACUUGGCAUUACCUGCAUAGAGCUGGCGGAGAGGAAGCCGCCGCUGUUCAACAUGAAUGCUAUGAGUGCCUUAUACCACAUCGCCCAGAAUGAGAGCCCCGUGCUGCAGUCGAAUCACUGGUCGGAUUAUUUCCGUAAUUUUGUGGAGUCCUGUUUGCAAAAGCUGGCCCAGGACAGACCUACCUCUGAUGUGCUGCUGAAGCACCAUUUCCUAUGCAGGGAGCGCCCCAUGACGGCGGUGAUGGAUCUCAUCGCGCGAACCAAGGACGCCGUCCGCGAGCUCGACAACCUGCAGUACCGCAAGAUGAAGAAAAUCCUGUUUCACGAGGCUCACAACGGUCCGGCACCGGAGGGAGGGGAUGAGGAAGAGGAUGUGGAAGGGUACAUGCUGCGCACCGGCACAGUGAACAGUAUGGAGAGCUCCCACUCCCUGCCGUCCAUGUCGAUCAGCGCCAGCUCCCAGAGCAGCUCCGUCAACAGCCUGGCCGACGGCUCGGACGACAGCGGCGAGAUGGCCAUGAUGCAGGAGGGCGAGCACACCGUCACCUCCAACAGCUCCGUCCUGCACAAACCUCUGAGCCACGACAACAUCUACGAUGAUCCCUAUCAGCCAGAGGUCGACUCUCAACGAGAAGCUUCAUCUGGCGGCGGCGGGGGAGGAGGGGGAGGCGGUGGCAGACGGCGACGGCGAGACCACUUUGCCACCAUCAGGACCGCCUCGCUGGUGACCCGUCAGAUCCAGGAACAUGAGCAGGGCUCGGCUCUUAGGGAGCAGAUGUCUGGGUACAAACGGAUGCGGCGACAGCAUCAGAAGCAGCUGAUGGGUCUGGAGAACAAGCUGAAAUCAGAGAUGGACGAGCACCAAUUGAGGCUGGAUAAGGAGCUGGAGAACCAGAGGAACAAUUUCUCCAUGGAGCUGGAAAAACUGUCGAAGAAGCACCAGGCUGUCCUGGAGAAGGAGACGAAGGCGGUCCUGACGGAGGAGAAGAAGUUCCAGCAGCACAUUCUGGGUCAGCAGAAGAAGGAGCUGACCAGCCUGCUGGAUUCCCAGAAGCGACAGUACCGACAGCGCAAAGAGCAGCUGAAAGAGGAACUGAACGAGAACCAGUCGACGCCGAAGAGAGAGAAGCAGGAAUGGCUGGUGCACCAGAAGGAGUGCAUGCAGCAGCUGCAGGCGGAGGAAGAAGCCGGCCUGCUGCGGAGGCAGCGGCAGUAUUAUGAGCUGCAGAGCCGCCAGUACAAGAGGAAGAUGCUGCUUGGACGCCACAACCUGGAGCAGGAUCUGCUCAGAGAGGACCUGAACAAGAAGCAGACCCUGAAGGACCUGGAGUGCGCCAUGCUGCUGCGGCACCACGAGUCGACGCAGGAGCUGGAGUUCCGGCAGCUGGGCGUGGUGCAGCGGACGCGCGCCGACCUGAUCCGCACGCAGCACCAGACCGAGCUCACCAACCAGAUGGAGUACAACAAGCGCCGCGAGCAGGAGCUGCGUCAGAAACACGCCGUGGAGGUCCGCCAGCAGCCCAAAAGCCUCAAAUCCAAAGAGCUCCAGAUAAAGCGCCAGUUCCAGGACACCUGUAAGAUCCAGACCCGGCAGUACAAGGCCCUGCGGAACCACCUGCUGGAGAACACACCCAAGUCGGAGCACAAGGCGGUUCUGAAGCGGCUGAAGGACGAGCAGACCCGGAAGCUGGCCAUCCUGGCCGAGCAGUACGACCACUCCAUCAACGACAUGCUGUCCACUCAGGCUUUGCGGUUGGACGAGACUCAGGAGGCGGAGUACAAGGUACUGCGGAUGCAGCUGCAGCAGGAGCUGGAGCUGCUCAACGCCUAUCAGAGCAAGAUCAAGAUCCACACCGACACGCAGCACGAGAGGGAGGUGAAGGACCUGGAGCAGAGGGUGUCCAUCCGCCGCGCCCUGCUGGAGCAGAGGAUCGAGGAGGAGAUGUUGUCCCUGCAGAACGAGCGCUCUGAACGCAUCCGCACCUUGUUGGAGCGGCAGGCCAGCGAAAUCGAGGCCUUCGACUCGGAGAGCCUCCGCCUGGGCUUCAGCAACAUGGCGCUGACCGGCGUGCCCGGCGACGCCUACGCUAAGCAGGGCUACUCCAACGCCCAGCCGUCCGGCUCCCGCUCCGCAGGCCACUGGAGCCACGGCGUGCACCAGCAGAACAUGUCGUCGCAGCAACUGUCCCGCCGCAGCCACAACAGCAGCAGCAGCAGCGGGAUUGGCAGCGGCGCCAGCGACCGGAGGAGCGAGUCGUCCUCCUCUUCCUCCCACGGUUUGGGGAUGGCUCUGGGGCACGGACGGGACGGCAGGGACAUGCACCACUCAUCCCGCUCCUCCGCCUCCUCUUCCUCCUCCUCCUCCUCGUCUUCCUCCCACCAUCAGCGCCACCACCUGCCACAGCACUACCACCACCAGAGCACGCCGCAGCUCUACCGGGAGCGGGAGAGAGAGCGGGAGAAGGAGAGGGAGCGGGAGUGGGCCGGAGUGCGAGGCUCCGGCGGUGACCUGGCCCACCCACACCCCCUGCCCUUCUCCCAUCACCUCCCCUCUCGCUCCUCCUCCCAGUCCCUGGCCAUGCUUCCUCCUCCUCCUCCGGCUCCACCCUCCAUCUCCGGCCCUUCAUCCUCCUCGUCUUCCUCCUCCUCAUCGCAAGGCGGGAUAUACGGAGGCGGAGGGCUGGCGGUUCGCGGUACACCCAACCUGAUGGCCCUGAGGAACAGCCCCCAGCCGCUGAGGAGGACGGCGUCCGGCGGCGGGCCUGGAGGCGCCGGCGGCAGCGACGGCGUCCUGAGCCGAAGCACCUCGGUCACUUCUCACAUCUCCAACGGCUCACACCUGUCCUACUCUUAGGAGCCUUCAGAGGCGCGGCAGCGAUGAAGGUGAAGGUAGCUAUCACAGGCUGCGUCGCUAUAGAUAGUUCCCACAAGACCCGACCGGAAGAAAGUUACCCCGGAAAGCCGCCAUAUUGGAAGGCAACCGGUGAACAGUAGCUGUUUCCUUUACAAAUGUGGGUACAAAUUUGUCGAUUUUCUGCUGAUAUAAAAAAACCCACAAUUUUACGAUAAUUGUGUUUCAAGUAAAUACGAAAUUAAAUUAAAAUAGAAGCUUGUUCAUGCUAUAAGUUAUUACUUAUCGUGUCAUUACUUAAGACGCGAUAAGUAACUGUUAUGAUGUCAACAGUUACAUGAGAUAUAUUCAAAAUUCAGCCAUGGGACUAUCGCUCAUUUAUCAGCCAAUCAAAGGAGAUGUUGGCGUCUUAGUCAGGCGUUGGAGCGACAAACUCCUUAUAGUUGGGAGCAGCUGUGGGGGAAAUUGGACUCUAUGGUUUCACAGAACUGCUGUGAGUUCAAAGACGUUCUAAUGACAGCUUUUUAUGAACUGUGCAAUGCACAAAAAACAAAAACAAAUCAUCCUCCUACUACUUGCUGUCGUCGUCCUCAACGUUUCCGCCAGUAAUAACAUCCAAUAUUCAUCACAAAAGUCGUGUGAUGGACAAAGUAUUUUCAUCGCAGUUUUCGAAAUACAUCUAUUUUAAUACGGCCAAAAAAAACACCUCAUCCUAGUGCAAAACCUUAUCAAAAAACAUUUUGGUGUGUUUCCAUUAACAAGUUUAUUUUCAAAAUUCUAAUUUGGGCAAUUUUAUGGUUACUGGAAAUGCAGCUGCAGAAGCAGCUGUAGGCCUGUUAUGAUAAUAAAUUUCUGUGGACAAUAAAGUAUCCUAGAAAUUAUUGCAAUAAACAAUAAUACUGUCUUAUUAAAAAUGUUCUCAAAAUGCCAUUUUGGUCAAGAUUCAGUAAGAAAAAAAAUCAACUGUAUAGAGAAUCGCAGUUCCUAGACCUGGGAAUACUGAGUCUAUUGAGAAAGCUCAAAAAUCCUAUUUUAAAAUGUGUUUCUAGAGACAACCAAUCAGAGCUAAGAGGUGGGUCUUAGCGUUGUCAAUCAAGCUUGUGUUCGAAUUCUGACUUUUUUCGUCUGACUUAUGACUCCUUCUCAGAAUCAGAAAUGUUUAAAUUGUUCAUGCACCAUCAGGGAAAUCUAGUCUUAAAAUUCAAAUCUACCAGAUAAAUUUGGGACAGGCUAACGUGCCGGUUUACAAAUCCUGUAACAAGAAAGAAACAUUUAUGGAAUUAUUUUUACAUGCUAACUCCAUAAUUCACAUACACCGAAGAGUGUUUAUUUAUUUGGAUUUUGACAAAGAUAGGCACCAAAUUUUCUUUUUUUGCAUAAAUUUAUUUAUUCCCCUAUGGCCAAUGCCAUCUAUAACUUCAUUUCAUAUUUUUUGUUGGUCCUAAUCCUCUUCCAUAAUUACAGUUAUUGACUGACAUUGUCACAGUUUGCUUAAUUUUAAAACGUUUAAAAAGAUCCUUACCGCUAAUAAAGUGAUCAGAGCUAAUCCAUACCAAUCCUUCCGUUUCCUCUGGAUUUCAGUCAGCAGCACUUAUUGAUGCUUAGCAGUGAGGUUUGCUCACAUUCACAGGUCGUUUACUGUCUUAUCACCUUUGUUUUUACACCCUUGAAUCAAACGACAACCAUCGCCGUUCUCUUUUGCGCCAUCACUGAAUUGGAAAGCUGCUUCCCGUACUAUAAAAAUGGCGGCAUAGCACCUGGAUGUCGGAGGUGUGACGUCAUGCGGGAACUAUCUAUACUCCGUUUACCGCCUUUCUCUGUCUUCUGGACAGAUUUCAACUCCUGGAACCGUUGAGAUGCAGAACUUUGUGCACAAAAAGUCCCAGCGGUCAUGAGGACGGGGCAAACCGGGGUUGCCGAGCUGCAUCCUGCCUCUUUAGACUCAGGGUGGGUAGAGAGGGUUUCUCCCAUUCUCACGGAUAUAACAAGGGGAGGAAUGUAACCGCCUGUGACACCACUGGAUGACGGUGGUGCUAGAUGUUUCUGUUCAGUGUUUUUAUCUCUGUUACUGUAUAAAAAUGUAAGGCAGGAUGUGUGACCGGGGGAACGUUUGGCCUUCGUUUCCUCCUGCGGCCGCAGAGACAGCAGCCGUGUCUCAGGGUUCCUACACAGCCUGGAGAACGCUGGAGAUUAUUUUUAUGGAGAUUAGCGAUGGAAAGUUUUGGGAACAUAUGAAGAAAUAAGAGAGAAUGGAAAGAUAUUUGUAUUUAUUCCAUAUGCCAUUGUUGAAUCAAGGUUGCAUCAUACAAUCAUCUUCCAUUUCUUUCAUUUGUUUUCAUCUGUUCUUUCAACCAUUUGUUUUCCUUUCUUCAUUUUCUUCUUCUUUCCUCUGUUCAAUUAUUUCUCAUCCUUCCUUCCUUUUGUUUCCUUUCCUUCUAUUGGUCUUUCACCCAUCUUUCCAUUUUUUCUUCCAUUUCUUUUCCAUUCUUUCCGUUAUUCCUUCCUUCCUCUGUUCAUUCAUUUCCCUUCCUUCCAUUUUUUUCCAUCCUUCUUUCCUUUGUUCAUUUUUCUUCCUUCCAUUACUCCUUCCUUCCCUUCUUCAUUUAAUUGUUUUUCUUCUUGCUUUCCUUCCUUCUCCUCCUUCCUUCCUUUCGUUUAUUAAUUUCUGUUUAUACUUUUAAAUCGGGUCCAAACGGACUGAGGAGUCUUGAAUCUGCGUUGGGUUUUGGCUUAAAGCUGUGUAGAAACCCUGCUGUCUUCAUCUAUGAUGUUCUGUUCUGGAAUGGAGAAAGAAAGAAGACAUGGGAGAAAAAAAAAAAGGAAGAUGUUUUUGUUUUGUGUCCAGAUGCUGAAACAAAAGUCAAAGAUGAAAUUCAGAAAACAUUUUUAAACUGCUGUUAUUUUUUAAAACACAAAAACAAUUUGCUUGGAACGUCACCAAUGCCUUCAAGGGGUUCUUAAAGGGAUGUUGUGCCAUCCACUUUUUAUUGUUAUUAUUAUUAAUAUUAAUUUAUUUCAUGACUGAACUGAAAACACAGAAUGUUUGUAAAGUAAAGAGACUCUUCCAAAAACGCAACGUGAACGAGGAACGUGUAUAAAACAAAGCUUUCUGACGUCGAUGACAUUCUGAAUAUCUCAAUAUUAAGUGUCACUCCAGUGCAUGACAUAGAUGUACAUAAAAUAGAAAAAAAAUGAACAAACACAUUGAACAGUACUGUAUCCGUCCCAGUUUACCGCAUUUAGAAUCACUUGUCCCAGUUUUUUUUUUUUUUUUUUACCUUUUACUGUAGAUAUUUAUGGGAAUAUUAAGAACAGAAAUCAUUUGGUUUUAUAGAU